UCUGCUGUCUGCUGCACAUCGUCUGCCUGAAGCACUGUUGUUAUCCUUUGAAUUAGGAUGUUGAACGAACAAUUUGUCGUAUUGUCUGUUUUUAUAUCGAAUUGAAUGAUAAAAUGUAAUCAGUAAUCAGUAAAAUCACAUUUAUAUGCCAUGAAAAGUCACGGUUGUAUGAUAUUUAUACAUCUUUGACCUAUCGAAGGUUAUGUUUAUGUCUUGUAACAUUCAAGAACUUAUAAUUUUAAUGUCUCCAUAUGCCUUGUUAAACCAAAUGCCCUGUUAAAUAAUAUGUGAUACACGAGAAGAGGGCUUUAGAUAUGACGAGUACUUUCAACAAGCUUGACUGUUCAAGUAAUCUAGACACACCAUCAAUGUCAUCUUCUACGGGGAACAUGUCUUGGGAGGAGAGACUUUUCAUUGCCAUAAAUCAAGGUGAUGCAAGAGCUGUACGUGGACUUGUGAGAAAAGGAGUAAAUGUGAAUUCAACGCAUCCCUCAGGUCGAACUCCAUUGGGCACUGCAGCUCAUCUCGGCAAUAUUGAAAUUUUAAGAAUGCUCCUGGAACCUGUAUUGGAUCCUAUUGCCCAAGAAACUAUCAACACUUCCCAAAAAAUAUCUAGAAGACAUGAGGGAGAAUCAGCAGGUUCUUGGUGUAGUGGUACUUCCCCAAAGACCCGUAAAAGUGCUACCCUGACAUUUGAUAGACGGAUAAAGCCAACUAAACAUAAACAUGACAUUCAAGGAGUAAAUUUUUCUCUUUGUUCUGAAUAUAGACAGGAUGGCAUUAGUAGUGAUGAUGAGGUACAGGAUGUCAUAAGGGAAAACCACAAAAGUAAACAAAGACACUGCAAAGGACAAAAAGACAAUAUGGCAAAAAACACCAGGAGCGACAUGAAAAAUCCCACUUUUACCAGCGAUUUACAGAGUCAAAACUGUUGUGUUUCUGGAUCAGAAGAGACAAGACAAACACUGCAUGAUAGGGGAAAAUCAGAAGCUAAUCAAGGAUAUUAUAUUGUGGUCCACAAGGAAUAUUCUCCAAAAAAAACUCCACCAGAGGAUGAAUCUGGAAGGCACUUUUGUGAUGUUAGUGUCAAAGAACCAGUAACACCUGAUGAUAUGGACAAUUUAGAGUGGGAUUGUGAAUUGCAGCCUGAGGAAUUUGACAGUCCUGUGGAUGAUUCAACAACUUCCGAUUCAUGGGUUGACCUGUAUCGUUGGUAUGCUGAUUACCUUGCACAGUCAUGUGCAGUUGAUAGGUCAGUCCGGGACAAUACUUCUCUUCACAUUGAUGUCAACCAGUUAGACAUGUACCGUCGGGGUGCAAUGCAUUAUGCUGCGGAGCAAGGCUACAUAGAAGUUUUGCACAUUCUUCUAAGAGCUGGCUGCUCAGUUGACGUUGGAGACUCGGAUGAUGUAACUCCUCUUCACUUGGCUGCUGCAAGAGACAAUCCUGAAGCAGUUGCUUUACUCAUUAGUUGUGGAGCAAAAGUAAAUCGUAAAAGUAUUGAUGGCACAGGGCCAUUGCACAUGGCAGCAGCAAGAGGGUUUAUUGAAACAGCUAGUAUUCUCCUUAAGCAUGGAGCUAGCGUUAAUGCUCUUGAUAGAAGUGACCGCACACCUCUGCACCUGGCAGUCUCAAGGGGACUUGAUGAUAUGGUUAAACUCUUGAUAUCUCAUGGGGCCAAAGUCAAUGUUGAAGAUAUUUUAGGAUAUACACCUCUCUGCCAAGCUGUCUGGCAACAGGAAAAAGAAAUUGUUAGCUUACUCCUAACUGCAGGAGCUAAACUUACUCACUCUGAUCGACUUCUGCACUGUGCAAUUCUACAUCGUUGUCCAGAUAUUGCAAGACUUCUCAUAUCAGUGGGUUCUAUAGUGAACUUGAGAGAUGAUAGUGGUGACACACCACUAAUACUGGCAGCUCGUUCAGGACAAACUGAUAUGGUCAAUUUGUUAUUGUAUAAUGGUGCUAUGGCUAGUUAUCCAAAUGGACUCACAGGAAGUACCCCCCUCCAUGAAGCAAUUGAGUGUCUUCGUCCUGCACAGUAUCGUACAUUGCAGGAAAUACUAUUGUCUCUGCUACGUCAUCGUGGUCCCUCAGGUCUAUUAAACUUAGAGAGUUCAUCAGCAUACGAUACACCUUUAGUGCGUGCACUUGUACAUGAUAAAGAUCACGCAAUGAUACUUCUUAUACAAUAUGGAGCUGAUGUCAAUGUACUUCAACAGCACACACCUAUAGUAAGUGAGGAUUACCUCAAAAAGAGACCACAACGUUUGGUAAUUGCACAACUAAUGGUAAAUGCUGGUUUGAAUUUGUGGAAUUGUUUCCACAAACCUGACCUUAGAGAUAAAAAAUAUUCUGAUGAUUCAGCAGCUUCAUGGAUUGCCUCAAUGAAGUUUAAUCCAAUGCCACUGGCAGGGUUAGCAAGAUUAAGUUAUCGCUUUCUCCAUGGUGAAAAUAUUUUCAAAGCUGUCGAAAGUUCAGGAUUGCCAGUUCCAUUAAGAAAAUUUAUCAUGCUGCAAGAUAUUGUUAAUGUAGAUGAUUAUGCUCUAUCGGUAUACUAACUUGUUCUGGAAUUAGAUGCACAAUUUAUUUUAUGAACCAAUCAAAAAAGGAUUGUUUUUUUCUCAGAUGUAUAUUUGAAGUUUGGAUAGAUGGCUUAUCUGUUAAAGAGAAUCAAUUACUAUUGUAGGACUUUCCUUCCUUGAUAUCAAAUUAUUGUUCCUGUACUGUGAUUUCAAAAUAUGUCGCAUAGUGUGUCAUAUGUGAUAAAAUAUAAUGCUUAUUUUGGUAGUAUACAUACUUGCUUGUUUAUGCCAAUUUUAAAUAUAUGGAGAUGAUUCAAAUUGCUCUAAUCUACUCUAUUGUUUUAAAAUGCCACUGUAUGUUGUAUACAAAAAUUUCAUCAAUAUUUACUUUUAUUGUAUGAUAUUGGCAGGUCCUACUGUUGGGUGGUACUUGGUACUUCCUAACUAGACAAAGUAGAAUAUUACAGUUUUUCUAGUCGUUUGUGUGAAUGAAGGUUGCUGUUGAGCAGGAGUGUAAUAAAACCUCAACACUGCA